AGCUGCGCAACCCUGAUUAUACUCAACAACCCCACUGCAUGUUGACACUGGAAAACAGCUGAGCAAAGACCAAACAACAAGCGUCUAUCAGACUUUAGCUACUUAAAGAAGUAUACAAUCUGAACAUUGACAUGGCACUUGAGGAAUAUUCACAAAGAAGCUAGCUAAUACAGUUAAUGCGAAGAGAAUAAAAAAAAUACGUAUUUGCAGCUUGGAAGAAACCAGGAAGAUGUUUGAGAAUUUCAAAGAGAGGUUGCAGACGGUGCAGCAAGAUUUCACAACGGGGAUGAAGACUCUGAGUGACAAAUCAAAGGAGGCCAAAGUAAAGCAGAAACACAGACAUGAACAUCUGACACAGUUUUCUGCUGGAGUAGAACUGCUCAGUCGGUACGAAGACACCUGGGUGACUCUCCACAGAAAAGCUAAAGAUUGUGCGAAAGCUGGAGAGACAGUGGAUGGAGAGGUGGUGAUGCUGUCUGCACACUGGGAGAAGAGAAGAGCAGCAGUGGUGGAACUACAGGAACAACUACAGCAGAUCCCAGGCUUCCUCACAGACCUGGAGACGUGCACCAACCGCAUCGCCCACCUGGAGGCAGACUUUGAGGAGCUGGAGAGCCGGCUGAUGUACCUGGACAACCUGUGUGGUCAGUGUGAGCAGCAGCGCUUCAGACACUUCCAGGUCCUGCAGCUGGAGAACUACAAGAAGAAAAAGAGGAAAGAGCUGGAGUCUCUCAAAGCCGAGCUGGACUCUGAGCACGCCCAGAAGGUGCUGGACAUGGAGCACGCCCAGCAGGGGAAGCUGAAGGAGAGGCAGAAGUACUUUGAAGAAGCUUUCCAACAGGACAUGGAUCAGUACCUCUCUACUGGCUACCUGCAGAUCACUGACAGAAGAGGGAUAGGUAGCAUGUCUUCCAUGGAGGUGAACGUUGACGUUCUGGAACAGAUGGACCUGAUGGACGUGUCGGACCACGAGGCCCUGACCAUGUGGUUGAGUCCCAAAUGUUGGACUGAUCCCCUCUCCCUCCCUCCUGUCCCCCCAGGUCCAGACCCUGAGUCGUUGUCCUCUGAUAUCUCCCUGCGGGUGCCCACCCAGGCGGAACUGAGGAACAAGCAGUCUUCCUUCUCCUCCACGGAGCCAGGCUCAGCCAGCCAGGACACCAGCCAGGACACCAGCCUGGGGGAUUGCCAGGAGGGGGAGGGCAGUGAGGCCAGUGGAGACGGAGACCAGCCCCUGGUACUGCCAGACGAGGAGGAAGUGCAGGCUGACACAGCCCUGGUGUUGUUGCCCGAGGCAGAGAUGUUCAAGAACUCUGACGACAGCGACUCGCAGGCCUCUUAGGAGCCGUCACAGAGCUGCCCCCUGGGUGAGAACGGCUCUAGGGGAUAUAGGGUAGCUCCUAGACGCUGAUCUGGGGGUCCGUUUUGCAUUUUUCCCCAAAAAACUUUUUUCUUUUCUGUUUUUUUAUAAAUGAAAUGUAGCUUCCUUCCUUGUAUCCAAUUAUAUCUAAGUAAAUAAUAAUAAAGUUGUUUUGGAACAAUC